AUGUCGCGCUUUGAAACUGUCGAAGUUCAAAGUUUACGUGGCGAAAGCCACCGUUACUUAUGUGAUCAAGAUAUUUUACGAUUACUGAAUUUUCCAAAUGACACGGACUGGAGAAAUACGCUGCUGUUAAUUGUUGACCCCGGAAACGGACCCUACGACAUCGAAGAUUUUGUCCCCUCACUUAGAAGUGUUAUCGAUUUGAAAGACAUCGUACACUUUGGUGCCAGUGUAGUGACUCAUGUCUACAUUAUAGGAAUGAAAACGGAAAAUAGCGCAAGUGCUUUACUAAAUCUGAGAGAAAUACAAGUUAAAGGUAGGAAAUGUCGAAUUAUUCCUAUAGAAAACCGGAAAGUGAUUAUUAAUAUACAUUGGUUAACACCAGUAUUAUCACAUGAUCUGGUUAAUAGACACUUCAUAAAUUAUGGAAGAAUUGUAAAGUGCGAAUUUUUAAAAUCGGCAGUGCCUGGGUUGGAACAUGUCCUUACGAACAAAAGACGAGUAUGGUUAGAGCUGAAACAAGGAAUAAGUAUUGAAGAAUUGCCGUAUUUUAUAAGGGUGAAAGGUAUGACUGGAUCGGUUGUCAUCGCGGACAGACCACUACUAUGUUAUCGAUGCAAACAAUUUGGUCAUAUCAGAAGAAACUGUCUCGAAAAAGUGCAAAACUUGUAA